AUGCAAAAUUUUCGUAGUAAAUUAUCCGAUUUUCAACGAGAACAGUAUCGUAAUCAUGAUGCAGCAGCUCGUAAACGUGCUCGUGCUGCUAGCAAGCAUCAAUCAAAUGCAUCAUUUGGCUCGAAGCAAAGCUUCGGUAAAUCUGUCAAAAAAGUGAAAAAAAAUCUCCCGCAAGAUCCAGCAAAACAAAAGCUAGUCAUUCAAGCAAUUGCUCAGUCGAUUGGGCUAUUAGGACCAUCUCUUCACAAACGUAACACCCGUCAUUUAUCAUGUAAAUUGAAGGAUGAUAUUGUUAAAUUUUAUUGUCGAGAUGACAUAUCUUAUCAAAUGCCGGGAAAAAGAGACACGAUCGUUGUCAGGCAGAAUGGAACAAAAUCGACUCAUCAAAAACGAAUUUUACUAUACAACAUUCGCGAAGCACAUCAAUUGUUUUUAUCGGAACGUUCUGGCUCUGCUUUAGACCUUUCUAAAACGAGUUUUGCUGAACUACGCCCACAAUAUGUAAUGAUCAAAGCAUUGAUGGGCCAUCGUGUAUGUGCGUGUGCAUAUCACGAGAAUGUGAAUCUGUUGUUAGAAGCUUUAGCAAAACAUGUGAAGGGUGGAUUUUGCUCGGAUUUGCACACGUUUACAAGUUCUUUGGUGUGUGAUGAGUCGAAUGAAGCAUGUAUGUUCUCAAAGUGCAAGACAUGUUCUAAAUUUUUCGAGAUAAAAGUUGAAGGAAAUAUUGUCGAUUUCACGAUAAAGAUCCAAUGGCUUCAAUGGACCAAUAAUAAUGGUCGCUCAGAGAAGGAAGAAUCUGAAGGAACUGUGAAAAGUUGUGUUCAACAUUUAUCUAGUCUCAUUCAGCAAUAUUUAUCACAUGUGUUUAUCAAACGUGCUCAAAGUAGUCUCUUUGAAGAACUUAAAGAAAGUACGGAUGAUAAAAAAGUUCUUCUUCAAGUUGACUGUGCUGAAAAUUUUGCAAUGGAUCAGCAAGACGCUAUUCAGUCAGCAUAUUGGAAUACCAGAAUGUUGUCAAUUUUUACAGCGCACGCAUGGUGCGGAGCAAAUAAUUAUUCGUUCGCAUUAGUAUCUGACAACGUUACUCACGAUAAAUGUUGUUUGGUUGUGUGUCUGAAUAACAUUAUUACUAAACUGAAACAAUAUUUACCAGAUUUGGAAGAGAUUGUGUUCUUUAGCGACGGGGCAGCAUCGCAAUUUAAACAGCGAUAUCUGCUUCAAAACAUGACACGAAUGAUGGUGGGACAUACUUUGAAGUUAUCGGGGAAUUUUUCUGCCCCUUCCCAUGGGAAGGGAGUGGUUGAUGCGAUUGGCGGAAUGGUUAAACGAAUGGUUUGGCAAGAAGUAAUGGCAAAGAAACAGUAUCGAUCAGCUACCGAUUUCGUUUGCAUCGCCAAAACAAAAACAAACACGAUUAUUCUCGACGAAAUCUCACAAACGGAAAUAGAUGUAGCAAAAUUAAGACUUGAACAGAUAUUUAUGGCGACAAAAUCGGUCAAAGAUACUCAAAAAUUGCACAGUGUCAUUGCUAUUCGUUCUGAUGUUAUAGAAUGUCGAAUCUAUGGUGAUUCAACAUCAAAAUGGGCUGUUUUUUCUGAUUUUUAUUUAUUAAAAGCAAAAAAAUGUACCGUUUUUUGUCCGACAAGAAUAUGUAUAAGCAUUAGUGAAAAAUAA